UUUCCGGUCAGUUGUCAUAAGGUUUUCUCAGUUUUACAUUAUACCAUCCACUUGAGAAGGUCUCCAAACUAUAACGAAAUAACAUUUAAAAUUCAUGAAACCAUGUUGAAACUUUUGGCACUCUGUGUGUCUUUAGUGAUUGAAAUAUAUGGACCAGUAUAUGGAUUGACUCCUGGCGCCCUAAGCACGUACGUGUCGGCUCCGGGAAAGGUACUUCCGGGUCCCAUCCCGCCCAACUCGUUUAAGGCGAGCCGUAAUGUCACCCUGACCCAGUGUGCGGCCGAGUGCUCCCUGGCGCUGCAUCUCAAGGAGUUCGACUGUUACGCGUUCGAGUACCUGCCCCAGAAUUCCAUGUGUGUGCUGACCAAUGUGACGUCACUCGUGCUCAAGGGAGGCUACCUCGGCCUACUUAACAACCCGAACAUGAACUACUACGAAAAAUCAAAAGAGCACUUUGUAAACCUAUUCCAGCCGUACACCGGUAAGACCCUCACGGACCAAGGCACUUACUUCGCGGUGUUCCACAAUAUGACCCUCGACUCAUGCGCUCUCUACUGCCUGAUCGAGACACGUGACACGUGCAUGUCAUUCUCAUACAGUCAGACUAAAAAGGCAUGCGGACUUAGCCGGGUUUUCUACUCCGCGGACAACCAACAGACUCUUACCCCAAACCCUGCCUACACGCACUACCAGUACUUCACGUCCUGGCCGUGCAACGCCAGUAUCCCGUGGAACUACACGCCACGUGCCAUCGCCUCGCCCUACUUUCCAUACGCCUCCGUGACAGACGUGAACUGCUAUCUCGAGAUCGAGGCGCCCAUAGGCAAGCAGGUGGAACUCAACUUCUCUACGUUCUUCACCCAGAAGAGCAUGUGUGACUCGGGUAUGUCAGGCAUUCGUAUCUAUGACGGAAAUUCUCCGGCGUCAGCCGAACUGUCCCGACUUUGCUCAACGGAAAACUUCGUUGAUCGUCGGUUUCUUUCGUCAAACGGAUAUCUGUACAUCCAUUUUGCGACAGGAUCGAUACCAAUGGCGUUUAAGGCAGUUUUCGAUUUCUUUGACUACGAUCCCUGCGAAAGCGCCCCUUGUCAACACGGCGGAAACUGUAGCGUCACUCAAAACGGAACUGUGGCAUGCGCGUGCGCAGCAGGUUACACCGGAAGUAGGUGCGAGGUGAACGUGGACGAUUGCGCAAGCAACCCGUGUGUGCUGGGAGGUAAAUGCGUGGACCUGGUGAACGACUUCCGGUGCGAGUGCCCGAGACUUCUCGGAGGGCGUCUGUGUAACGAGUUCGUGGGUCUCUGCUACACGCAGCCCUGCGCCAACGGAGCCACGUGCUCGCCACGUGGUACUUCCGACUACGUGUGCACGUGCCUGUCGGGAUACACCGGCCCGAACUGCUCCCAGGCACUGCCUGAUCCGUGCAGGAGCUCUCCGUGUUUGAACGGCGCCACCUGUCACUCUAACGUGCUCCGUGGCACGUUCGCUUGUCAGUGCAGACCUGGGUUCCAAGGCGGGCUUUGCGAAACGAACAUCAACGAGUGCGCGAGCAACCCAUGCCUUCACAACAUUCCGUGCGUGGACAUGGUCAACGACUUCCGAUGCGCAUGCCCAGAGUUCAUGGUCGGUAAACGCUGCGAGACGUUCGUCGGCGAAUGCUACCGUAAGCCCUGCCAACAUGGAACGUGCUCGCCGACGGACAGGUAUAACUAUACGUGCACCUGUGAAGCGUCAUACACGGGGCAACGCUGCGACACGAGGUUUAUUGAUUUCUGCAACCCGUCGCCUUGUAAGCACGGAUCAUGUCAGUCCUUUGCCGAUGGACCGAUGUGCAAGUGUGACUUCGGCUAUUCGGGUUUCUUCUGCGACCACAAGACGGACUUCUGCGCGGAUGUCGAGUGCGCCCAUGGGGAAUGCGAGUCUCACGAUGACGACUUCCGAUGUAAGUGCGCGCCAGGCUUCGAAGGGAAGUAUUGUAACGAAACCAUCGAUCACUGCAAGACAGCGGACUGUCAUGGGGGAUUUUGUAUUAAUACUAUGACGUCACAUUUCUGCGUAUGCAAGGGAGGGCGGACGGCACCCGAUUGCGGCACGAGCGUCAAACAGUGCAGAAAUCUUACUUGCGUUAACGGGACGUGUGCGGAACUAGGAAGCGGAUUAGCGAAGUGUCAAUGCUUCGAUCAUUAUACCGGAAGUCAGUGUGAAACGUGGAUAGACACGUGUGGCGGACACCCGUGCGCGCAUGGGGUGUGUGUAAGACAAGAAAAGGGCGGUCAUACCUGUGAAUGCGACAACAAUUACACCGGUUUGCAGUGCGACUCUUUAAUCGAUCCAUGUUUGGGAAACAAAUGUGUAUACGGGUUCUGUUCGUCAAGUAACAGCAGCUAUGAGUGCGUGUGUGGUGCGGGUUACCACGGGCAGUUCUGUCAGUACAAGCCAGGGGAAAUAGAGCCGUCGACAACACCACAAACUCAGACCACCGUAGCGCUAACUACAAUCACAACGUCAUCACAACAUAUGACGUCAACGGAGAUCACCUGCCGUUGCAAAUAUGGCGCUUGUGAUGCAGACUUCCUGAACGUAUGCCUCUGCUGGCAUGGCUUUGAUGGUCCACUAUGCGAGAACUUCCAGGGGUGUGGUGUACACAACCCGUGUAGCCAUGGAAACUGCACCGACGAGACGCCCGGAAGUGUUAACUGCACGUGUGACGUCGGCUUUGCAGGCGAGCUGUGUCGUGUCGCAGAUCCCUGUUUGUCUAACCCGUGCCACUCCAAUGGUCAGUGUAACGUCAUCAAUCUGCCAUCAGGGGGCGCCACCUAUCAUUGCACGUGUAACGAGGGCUUGACCGGGACCCGAUGCGAGACUUCUAGCGCAUGCGCGGAAAAUCCGUGCUCCUUUGGCACAUGUAUUCCGACAGACGACGGUCAUUAUAAAUGUUCUCUGGAUCCCAUAAUCGGUACCAAUAACAGUUCAAAGGAACACUUCCCUUUCUGGAUGGGUAAAGUAGCCAUAUUUUCGUACUUUUCAGCUUAACCAUAGAGUAAUAUCUUGUGAAAUUGUGUUUAAGAAAAAAGUAUUGUUAUUUUUGAGACCAUUUUAUAAAUUUAAUAUUUAUAUAAAUGUAUAUCGUUUAGGAUUGACAUAUGUAGUUCAUUUAACACUUGUCACAUAUAUAUUUUCAGUGUCGACGAUUUUUCAUGAUAAUAUUAAU